UCACAUUCUUCUCCUUUACUUCCAUUUCCACGACUAAAAUGUCCACAACCGCGUCAAGAACCGCGGAGGAGCAAAGUCUCCUCUCGACGGAGAUUGUGAACCGGGGAAUGGAUUCAGACUCCGGUUCACACACUUUCUACGUUAGGGUUAGGAGACGUUUGCCCGACUUUGUCCAAUCGGUCAAUCUCAAAUAUGUUAAACUUGGUUAUCAUUAUCUUAUCAAUCAUGGGAUUUACUUAGCCACGAUUCCAAUCUUGGUCCUAGUCUUUAGUGCCGAAAUUGGUAGCCUUAGCAAGGAAGAACUUUGGAAUAGGCUUUGGGAUAGCACCGUCCGUUAUGAUCUCGCAACUAUUCUCUCCUUUUGUGCGGUUCUAGUUUUCACACUCUCGGUAUACUUCAUGUCUCGGCCUCGUUCUAUCUAUCUCAUCGAUUUCGCUUGUUACAAGCCUCAUGACGAUCUCAAGGUAACAAAGGAUGAAUUUAUAGAACUAGCUAGAAAAUCCGGAAAAUUCGAUGAAGAAUCACUCGAAUUUCAAAAGAGAAUUCUAUGGUCAUCUGGCAUAGGAGACGAAACCUACGUCCCAAAAUCCAUCUCGUCUCCAAACAACAUCACGACAAUGAGAGAAGGCCGAUCCGAGGCUUCCGAGGUUAUGUUUGGAGCUCUAAACGAGUUAUUCGAAAAGACACGAGUUAAUCCAAAAGACAUCGGUAUAUUGGUCGUGAAUUGUAGUAUUUUCAACCCCACGCCCUCCCUUUCCGCUAUGAUAAUUAAUCAUUACAAAAUGAGAGGAAAUAUUUUGAGUUUUAAUCUUGGUGGAAUGGGUUGUAGUGCCGGAAUUAUAUCUUUGGAUUUAGCUAGAGAUAUGCUUCAAGCAAAUCCUAAUAAUUAUGCGGUUAUUGUUAGUACUGAAAUGGUUGGUUAUAAUUGGUACCCGGGUCGUGACCGAUCGAUGCUUAUUCCUAAUUGUUAUUUUCGGAUGGGUUGCUCCGCUGUUCUACUCUCCAAUCGUCGUCGCGAUUACCCUCGUGCUAAGUAUCGUCUUGAGCAUAUCGUUCGUACACAUAAAGGAGCCGACGAUCGCGCUUUCAGGAGUGUGUAUCAAGAGGAGGAUGAACAACGGUUUAAAGGCUUAAAAGUAAGCAAAGAUUUGAUUGAAAUCGGAGGCGAUGCCCUUAAGACAAACAUCACCACCCUCGGACCCCUUGUUCUGCCCUUCUCCGAACAAAUCAUCUUCUUUGCCACGCUCGUUUGGCGUCAUCUUUUCGGUUCCACUACCUCAGGCUCGAAGAACAACAAGAAACCUUACAUCCCCGACUAUAAGUUGGCAUUUGAGCAUUUCUGUGUGCAUGCAUCGAGCAAGACUGUGUUAAACGAGCUUCAAAGGAACUUGGAAUUGAGCGAGAAGAAUGUUGAGGCAUGUAGGGCCACGUUGCACCGAUUUGGUAACACGUCGAGUAGUAGCAUAUGGUACGAGUUGGCUUACUUGGAGGCCAAGGAAAGGGUUCGUAGAGGAGAUCGUGUUUGGCAACUUGCAUUCGGGUCUGGAUUUAAGUGUAAUAGUGCAGUGUGGCGGGUGAUGCGUAAGGUGAAGAAACCAACGAGGAACAAUCCUUGGAUUGGGUCGUUGGAAAACUACCCGGCCGCCCUAAACUAAGUUGGUUAGGCCGGGUAGGGAAAAAGAAGCAAGCAAAAAUGGAUCAAUUAACUCUCUAUUUAGGGAAUAUUAAGUAGUUACUAUAUAUAUGGAAUAAGAUAAGACUAUUAAGUGUUACAUGUAUGUGUGUCAUCUAAAUCUUUCCUUCAUCUAUUUAGGAGUCCAUAUAUUAAAUUAGUUGAAAGUUUGCAAAUCAAGUACCUUACAAAUGGAUUUGGUGAAUUGUGAAAACCUUUAUCUUAAUUCAGAAAUUUCCACGGAUUUUUUUUCUUAAAUACAUCAAUUUUUUGGUGACUAGUU